CCGCUCGCGCAUUCCAAGCAACACACUCCUCACGCUGACCGAUACCCACCUCUAGCCAAAUACAAUACCGUUCGUUCAAUUACGCGCGCCAUCCAAAAUCGACCCAAAUCCCCACCAAUGCUCUAGCCCACAUACAUACAACAACCGACCAAAGAACCCCCAAAAAUGAACACCGAAUUCCAAACCUCCCUCUCCAACCUCGAAAACAAACUCAAUGCCUUGAUCACCAGCCUCACAACCUCCCCCACGGCAGCCGGCGCCCCAGCAGCAGCAGUCAGCCUGCUAAACGCAGACGACAGCCUCACAUCCGCGAUCGCAACCCUCCGCAAACACCAAGACAACUACGCUCGGAUCCUCCGUCUCCGGACGGAAGCCGCCUCCCUCGAAGAAAAAGUCAAAGAUAUCGUGAAAACAGUCGUGAACUACGAGCAAGAAAUUCGCACGGCCUGCAACUCCGAUGAAAUAGAUAGCGACUCCGAUCUUGACGACUCUGAUAGUUCGGGCUAUGACAGCGAUGCUGAGAUGCAAGAUGCGGGUGAUAAACCGCGGAAGUUACGACGGACCAGGGAGGUGGACUAUAAGCUCUUGCUUGAUUUCGCAAGGCGUAUUAGCAAGUACAACCAUCAGGCCGCUGCAGAUGCGGAGGCCGGGGCGGUAGCAAGGGUUCAGCAGGGGGAUCGUGAUACGGAGAUGACGGGGACUGGGGGGACGGGGACGGGGAUGAAUGGGAUGGAGGAUGGAGAGGCAGCGCCGGUGGCGAGUGUUACGAAGGAUGCGACGUCUUGGUUGGAUGAGUCGGCGAAUAUGACGCGCCAGGUGUAUAUGUUGCCUUAUCCGAUGGAGGAUCGCAUUCGAUUGGGGCUUAUGGGGCAGAUUCAGUUGGCUGCCGGUGAGGGACGGCCGGAUUUUGAUCCUGAUCAGGAGGUCGAACGGUUGAUUCGCGAGGCGGAGGGACUUGGGGCUGCGGAUGCGCCGCCGGCUGUCAACGUGGGUGGCGAGGAGACUCGCGCGAGCGAGGCAGCAAAGGCGGCAGCAAAGGCUGGGUCUGCUGCCGCCGGUAGUGGUGGUAGUGGUGGUGGAGUGUCGGCUGCUGCACCGAAGCCAAAGCCGAAAGCUACCCUUGAUUUGGAUCUGGAUGAUGAUGACGAUGAGGAUGAUUUUUGAGAGUUGGUGCGAAUGUGCUUUUCUUAUUAUCUUGGCGGAUCUGAUAUACGCGCGAUUGAUACCACGCAUUUGGUCACUGCAUUGUUUGGAGUAUGUUGCUUUUACGUAUCACUUGAUGACCGAAAUAGACAUACUAUAUGACGGAUCUAAGUUCAAUU